AGUCAUUCUGGCUCCAGGGCCGCCCUGGCCCAAUUUCUGAGAUCUCGGCGCCACUGAAAAACUUGGACGUUGGAGUGCAUCCAUGGUUCGCCGAACUUUAACACUUCUGAGCGUUGUGAGUUACACUGUUGCCCUUCAGCAUGCCUCAGCAUUGCUCAUACAUGGACGGGCCGUGGAUGGGUCCAAGCAACCAGACGAGACAACUAAAUAUUGCGAUUCGGGUGAGAUCUACGAAAGAAGCUACUUAAUGCCCAAACGAUUCCCAUUUCCACCUAUUCGGCUUGUUAUGGAGACGGCAUCAAAAACAUGUGAUUUUUAUAAAGAUCGUGACUUCUGCCGAGCUUUUUCGGAAGAUCGCAAUUUCGAGCCCGAGCAACAUGUGAAAUCAGCUUUGGCAUCUUUUCUUGAUGGUUGCCACUCGCGCGAAUGUGCCGCAAUUGACCUCGGCGGCAACAAUGGCUGGAUGUCAGCUUACAUGUACAGCUUGGGGGCCAACCCGGUCUAUACCGUGGAGCCCGCUGCCGACUUGGCUCAAGCCCUGCGUGACACCAUCACCCUGAACUGCUGGAAGGGCAGGGGAGAGGUAAUCACCGGAUUCGCCAUCGCAGGCUCGGAGUCAUUGAACGGGGCGCUGCCCGCGUGGCUGCCCAAGAACAUGCCCGCCGACAACGGGUGGAGAGCAGGGGGGCGCCCAGAGAACCUGAGCCUUCCUUUGGCGCCCGUGAUCCCGUUGGAUGACAUACUGCUGAAGCGACCGAGGUGGGAUUUGAUUAAGAUGGAUGCGGAUGGCCCUGAAGGCAGAUGGAUAACUCGCAUUGAACAGCUUCUGUCCGCUGGCAAGCUCGAUGUUCGCACCCUUGUAGUAGAAGGGCACGAGUGUUCUCCUGAACUGAUGCACCGGUUGCAGAACCACCACGGUUACGAUAUCUACCUCCUCGACAUGCAUAUCGACAAGCGUUUCUUGAAUGCUCAAGGCAUUGAUGUGUAUUCGCAUUUUCAAGAUACGCACCUCCCAGAAUUUCUCACAGAAAUGUAUGGCAUUCGUUUCAUGCGACACGUUUACCAUUUCAGGAGCGACAUGACGAAGGCACAAUGGGGCCAGGCAGUGCCAAUAACGCGAACAUACGAUAAUCAGUACGUUAUCACCAAGGAGGAAUUGCUUGAACCACAGUGGGAACAUCCUUACGCAACUGCCAAUCCUUCGCCAGAGCGAGAGAAGUCUCGUUACGCCCCACCAGUCGACGGGAUCGGUAGAGAUUGAAACAAAUGCGAACGAUAAUCGUCUACGACUGAAAGCCAUGCUUCGGUAUCCUGAUCCGCCCUUCAUAAACAAUACGAGUCCCUCAAACCUCCUCACCCCAGGUCAUAGCCAAGUCAUGAGGAUAGUAAGGAGUACCAUGGACAAGAACUAGUCACAUUGACCUGUCCCCGUCGGUACAACGCAGUCAAUGGAGGACCUUCCGAAAUGGGCCUGUCAGGCGACAGGACCCCAGUACAGUGUUGCCAGGGUACGUCUCGCUGCUUUGUUCAGCGAAGACCUUUUCACGCAUCGAACCGUAUUCGCUUCAAAGUCGAAAUAGCGAUUUCGCCCAGAAAGAUUUCCCAAUCACAAGUCGAACCACGCACGGCGCGAAGUCGAAAUGCCAAUUUCGCCAACGACCCUCCAAAUCGGAGGCCGAAGCCUUCUCAGUUCGAAGUCGGCAUGGCGAUUUGGCACAAGACUUCUUCUCAAUCACAAGCGAUGUCACACGCCGAUGGAGGCCCGACUUCCGUUCUUGGCAGAUGGCGCGCAUCCGUUCUGCACUGCCAGGUCGCCCGCGGGGGCGUCAAGCUAUUCGCGCGUGGCGCCUGCGGGUUUGGGCUGGAGAGUCGUCCUCCCAUCUGGUGCGGCGGCGCGAGGAUGACCGCGCUGAGCGCACCGCGCGGCGCGGGCCGUGCAUGUAAGGUGACCUAUGGAGGUCUCUGGGGGUCCUCCAAGGGCUUCUGGCGGUCUCGUCGAGCCUUCUUUCGGGGACACCCGAUCGGACGCCCAACUGUGCGCCCGAUUGGACUCCCGAUUGGACCCUUGAUUGCAUCGCCGAUCGGACGCCCAGUUCGACGCCUGUCUGGACGCCCAAGUCGACGUGUGAUCGGAUCUGGCAAAUUAUAUGUUCGACGUCCCAACACAUUCGCC